UAUUGAAUAAGGGAUUCAUAAUCAUAGUCUGUUUUUUAAUAAAAACCUUUUUGAAUUCAGAUGGGUGUAAAACUGUACGCUGCAGACUUCAGCCCACCGGUGCGUUCAAGUAUGAUGGCUCUUGAUAUCUUCAAUGUACCAUAUGAGAAGAUUACACUCGACCUUUUGAAAAUGGAACAUCAUAACCCAGAAUAUAUACAGAAAAACCCGCUUCACACUAUCCCUGUCUUGGAAGAUGGGGAUUUGAUAUUACAUGACAGUCACGCAAUUAUGGCCUACCUCGCAGACACAUAUGGAAAGGAUGAAUCUUGGUAUCCUAAAGACAUCAAAAAACGAGCGCUUGUCAACCAAAAACUAUUUUUUACCACAGGCGUCAUAUUCCCUAGAUUACGGAUCAUCACAUACUAUUUACUUCAAAAAGGAAGAAAAUCCUUAGAACAAGAAUGGUUGGAUAACAUCGAAGAAGCAAUCGGUUUUGUGGAACAAUUCUUAUCGCGGACUAAAUUCAUCGCCUUGGAUCAUGUCACCAUCGCUGAUGUGACAUUACUAAGUCAUCUGACCUCUGUUGAACCAAUUCUACCUAUUGACGCUAAAAAAUAUCCCAAAACGGUGGCCUGGUUAGAAUUGAUGAAAGCGACGCCAUAUUGUAAGAAAUAUAACGAAGAAGGUGUUAAAUCUUUAACCGCUAUUAUUAAGCACGCUAUUGGUGAAAACUAAAUAAAUAAGGUUAUUUUUUUUAAAGUAUUAUUGUUGUAAAUUUUAGUAUUCUAAUGUAUGAUGAAAUAAAUAUUAAAAGAUUUAAUGCUCGCAUUUAUUAAAAU